GGAAAUGCCACUCUUUACAGAUUCUUAAGCCAACAAAAGCGUCCAUCAUCAUUUUCUGUCUGGAAGACAGAUUCAGAGAGGGAGCUCACAGCAACAGUUCAAGACAGCAUUUCCAGUAGCCAAGUGGAUAAGAGCAGCCUGCAGCCAUGGGACAAGGCCUGGGGAUCAAGAGCUGUGACUUCCAGGCAGCGAGAAACAAUGCAGAGCACCACACCAAUGACAUCAGCUCCCAGCGGCUCAUUGUGAGGCGGGGGCAGCCCUUCACCAUCAGCUUGCACUUUCAGGCUCCGGUCCACACAUUUCUGCGUGCCCUGAAGAAGGUAGCCUUCAUUGCACAAACUGGAAAGCAACCUUCCAUGGCCAGUGGGACCCAAGUCACGUUCUCGGUUUCCAGUCUGGGGGACCGGAAGUGGUGGAGUGCAAUGGUGGAGGAGAGAGAUGACCAGUCCUGGACAAUCUCUGUGACCACACCUGCAGAUGCUAUCAUUGGCCACUACUCACUCCUGCUGCAGAUCUCGGGCAGGAAACAAUGCCUAGGCCAGUUCACACUGCUCUUUAACCCCUGGAAUCGAGAGGAUGCUGUGUUCCUGGGGAAUGAAGCUCAGCGCAGGGAGUACUUGCUGAACCAGAAUGGCCUCAUCUUCCUGGGCACAGCUGACUGCAUCCAAACCGAGCCCUGGGACUUUGGCCAGCUCGAGGAGGAUGUGAUCGACCUUGGCUUGAGCUUACUGACCAUGGACAAGCAGAUGGAGAAGUGGGGCAACCCCGUGCAUGUGGCCCAAGUCUUGGGCUCCUUGCUGCAGAUUCUUAAGGAGAAGCUUGUCCUGCCCACUGCGAAGAUCCAGACCACGGAGGAAAGGGCCUUGCUGAACAAGCGCCGGGGCAGUGCGCCCAUCCUGCGACAGUGGGUCACUGGUCAUGGGAGGCCCGUGUACGAGGGUCAGGCCUGGGUGUUAGCAGCUGUUGCUUGCACAGUGCUGCGAGGCCUGGGAAUCCCUGCCCGAGUUGUUACCACGUUCACCUCAGCCCAGGGCACCGGCGGGGACCUGCUGGUAGACGAGUACUACAACGAGGAGGGGCUUCAGAACGGAGAAGGCAACAGAGGCAGAGCCUGGAUCUUCCAGACUUCCACGGAGUGCUGGAUGGCCCGGCCUGCUCUGCCUGAGGGUUAUGACGGAUGGCAGAUUCUAUACCUAAGUGCUCUUAAAGGAGAUGAAGUCCUGGAGGCCUGUGAUCUGGUCCCAGUCAAAGCGGUCAAGGAGGGGACUGUGUGGCUGAGCCCUGCAGUAUCAGACAUUUUUGCCUCAAUUAAUGCCUCAUGUGUGGUUUGGAGGUGCCGUGAGGACGGGACACUGGAGUUGACUGACUGCAACACUAAGUAUUUUGGCAAUAAUAUCAGCACCAAGAAUGUGGACUGUGACCGCCGUGAGGACAUCACACAGAACUACAAGUAUCCUGAAGGAUCUUCUCAAGAAAAAAAGGUGCUGGAGAAAGUCCAGAAAUACAGAAUGGAACGCAAGGAUGAUGGCAUCCAUCCUCCUAGCUGUGAGACUGAUGAUCCUCUUCAACUCUUUUUGAAAGCGCCAAGUUCCCUAGCCCUGGGAAAGAAUGUAGAGUUCUCUGUGAACUUGUCAAACCCCAGUGACCAGGAGAAGGAAGUGCAGCUGGCAGUUGGGCUACAGGCAGUGUACUACAAUGGCGUCCUUGCGGCCAAGCUCUGGAGGAAGAAGUUUGUCCUUACUCUCAGUGCCAACUCAGCUGAGAAAAUCUCUACCUCCCUGUUCAACUCCAGUUUUGAACAAAACCUGCCAGAGAAUAGCUUCCUCAGACUCACUGCCAUGGCAACGCACUCCAGCCUUCCCUGCUUCGCCCAGCAAGACAUCGCCAUUUGCAGACCACACCUUGCCAUAGAGAUGCCAGAGACAGCAGAGCAAAAUCAGCCCCUGAUGGCCUUGGUCAGCAUCCAUAACCCCCUCGAUGUUCCCUUGGAAGACUGUGUGAUCUCCAUCUUUGGAAGGGGGCUCAUUCACAGAGAGAAGAGCUACAGAGUGAAUUCAGUGCAGCCCAGAAACACUUUGCACACCCAACUCAAGUUCGUGCCAGUGAAGGUGGGGUGCCAGAGGCUCACUGUGGAAAUGGACUGCAACAUGUUCCAGAACCUAACCAACUUCAGAACUGUCACGGUGGUAGCCCCUGAACCUCCAGCUUAAACUUCCAGCUCCAGCGUCACUUUCCCCAACCACCUCCUGAAUCUACAAUCUAAAACCAAGCAUGCUGGGAAGAGAAACUUUGCUUAUCACACAAAUGAUUCUCUGCUCAGGCUGAGCAGGAGAGGACCAAGAACAAAACUAGAUUCCGCCCACCCCACCCCCCACCUCAAAAAAACUUAUAUUCUCAGAAAUCAACAGAAAAAACACUCAUUUCUGUCACCCCAGCUCAAGGCAUCUAUGAAGACUAGUUGUCUUAGAAUAGAAACUAUUGGGCUCGAGGAAUUUUUUUUUUAAAAGCCUUUAUAAAGGUAUUCAGAUAAGUAAAUUAAGACUUUUUUCAGUUCAGGGUUUUUCAUAACCAUUUACUAUUCACUAAUACAUAAAUUUAUGGUAAGGAAAAUAACAAUAUUUAAAGCACUCGUUAUUUCUGAUGAAAUGGGACAAUAUUAACUAAAAAUAUGAUUUUUAGACAAUCCUAAGAUUAUAUUGAUCAAUGCCAUCCCUGACCAUUAUCCUUAAAGAUCCAAAGAUGACUAAAGAAAGUUAUAAAAUACACACCAUAAGACCUGAGUGGAGAAUGAUCUUCAAUAUUCAGCUAUGGUUAAGUCCUUAUUAGAGUUGAAUAUUAUGAGAUUACAUAGCCCACAAUUAAGUGUGAUGUUGACAACAUGAAUUUGGUCCAGUAGAGAAAUAUACAAUUAUUAAGUAUAAAGAAAAUAGGACCUA